CUUAAAUUUGACUUCUUUGAAUAACUACAAUCAUGAUCAAUCAAGCUUUGCUUUUGCUCUGGACCUUUGCUUUCUCAUCGGCCAGGGCACUACUAUCUGAUGGUGUCUUCGGGGCUGGCCCAUGGAACGCUUCCUACGCUCAGGAGGGCAAUAGAAACCCCAAUGCCACCAAGUCGGUCCCUUUCCAACUGGGCGCGCAGAACUAUACCUUCCAAGUCAAUGUGGCCGAACUUCAACCAACUGGCUCUAUCGCAAAGGAUGCCGAGAACCCACGUGUCGCUGCUUCUUUCUACAACAUGCUUUGGGAUGGGGACUACAGUCUGAAUGAUACUCUCAGAAACGCCUUUUCCUUCGGUCAAAAUACUGUACCAAGACUUUGUGUGACCGUUGCGAAUGGCGCAUCGACACUAUCGGCGACAAACGGGUACAGAGAUGAGGAUGACGGCGAUUGUUCUCACGCGCUUGGAAACCGGUGUAUGAAGGACCUUGCGAACGUGACAUCUACCCAGCUGUCUGGCUCUUGUACAGGAGCGUGGAUGCCAAAAAGCUGCACAUCAAGGUUGGGAACUGGUGGUCUCUUGAGCCACAAUCUUGUGGGCCGUCUAUCAACAAACGAUACAACCGACCCUCUAUUCCAGGAAUCCCCGCUUGGUUUUGGGUGGUAUCAAUCUCCAGUCCAUUCGGCUGGCAAUUCUAGCUACUAUCAGCGCGAGGCUGACCGUCUACAUGCGGUCUUUUUCCAUGGCAACAAUGGAGAGAUUAUCUCGAUUUGCAGUCGUGUCAACACCACUUGGCUCAAGAAAGCCAGCAACGCGGUCACCAGUGGGGCAAGCAGCUUCGAAAGAUCUUCCCACUUCUCCGUGCUAUUAGCUUUGACUGUGGUCGCGUUCGUAUUCUGAAGUAUAUACAGAUGUAGCAGAUACUUAUUACUUCCUCUUGCCGUACAAUUACCACUACCCACCUCUGGGCUCGCUGACAGAUACGCUAUCACUGGAAGUUGCCUUCACUGAGAAGGGUAUCCUGCAUUUCUACAGU